CAGAACCAAAAUAUAAAAAAAGGAAGGGAAUUUUUUUAUUGUUUAAUUUAAGGAAAAUAUUUAAAAAAAUCCUUCCUUUUCUUCUUUGAUUUCCCCUUAUGAAGAGAUCGUAAAAUUUCCAAGGAUCCUCUUUCGUUUUUUUCUUUUUGUAAAUUUGUUUAUAUAAAUCUGAGUUUGUUUUUGAUUUUAUCGGUGGUGUUUGGGAAUAAUUAAUAUGGGGACUGAAGUUUUAUGGCCUCAGGAUUGUUUGAUCGACCUGAUCUGCGUACUGCCGAUGGCAUGUCCUCGACGGAGAUACGCAAAUGGAAACCCUUUCAGAGGAAGCGGGUCGGAUCAGAUCAACCAAUUUCGAAGAAAUACAGCUCUGCUGAUGUCUUGAAGACGGUGAGGAACAGUGUUACGAUGGAUAAGGUUACGAUUUUGAGACGAGGUGAGUCGUUGGAUUCGAAGAUCAAGAACAUCAACGGUGGUGGAAGGGAAGAGGGGUUUGUUGUUACGGGUACGGAUCGGUUAGGACCGGAUCUGAAGAUGGUCCCGAAACAAAUCAGAAUUGUGGAUAUCAAGUCUUCCGUGACCGGAAAAUCCGACGUGUAUGCCGGAUCUGCUUUCUUCGUUUCUCCGGCGCCGAGUUCUCUUCCUUUACCUUCUUUCUCGAAGAAGAAAGAGGUUCCGGUUGAUGAUUCAGCUACCAGGGAUCUUCGGCGGUUGCUCCGGUUGGAUCUCUGAGAUCCGAGAACUUACCCGAAUUAGAUUUGGAUCCUAAUAAGCCUUCUCGCUUAUUUAUCUAUUGGCCAUUUCGUCUCUAUUAAGCUCCCCGGAAUUUUCAAGAUCCGAUACCCCCCGUGAUAUUUUUUUCAAGACGGUGGACGGAUUUGAAA